AUGACUUUCGAAGUCCUAAUAUUUCCAAACUCUUGGUUCAAAGCAAGGUCGAAAUACGUACAAAUCCAGAAACUUAUAAACAAAGCGUAUGACAAGCCACGGUACAAGUUUGGUAUAAUUAAAUCUCCACGUAUAUUCACCGAUUCCUCCUUAUUCCAGGAUUUGGCAAUAUCACCACUGGAUGAGUUCAACUUUUAUUUGUUACUAGGUGACGAACAGUUUAUUUGCGAUGUGGAGAAAGCAAAAGGAAGCAAAAGAGAUUUUGAUGAAGGUGGUUUAGAGAAUUGCUACAAUUGCGACAUACCUGCUCAGUUUGUAAACAAGUUUGAUUUCUCACUUUUGCUGGAAGAAACAAAAAUUACAGUUGUUGAUGAGUCAUUUGAGUUUGACGAGGGGAUCUUGGCCCGAUCAUUGGCUAGUCUUGGGCUCAAGACAUAUCAUGGAGAUUUAUUUCAAGAACCAAGGACCAAAGCUUUUGAGUUGACAGCAUUGACUUCGUUUUUGAAUGGAUCAGCUUCAAAGUUCCUCGACUUUGUGCUUGCUCACAUUGUACAAUCGCCAGUCUAUUUCCGAGAAUUGAGUCUCAGUACGCCAUUAGAUCAAUUAAGCACAAUCAUAAUACAUGCAGAUUAUAUAGUGGAGCAUAAUCUUGAAAAUUAUUACAUCAACAAAUGUGGAUUUGUGAAACUGCCAGAAGUGAAUAUAUACAUGCCACUUGGCAAUGGAGGCAAGGCAACGUAUAUGCACGAAGGAAAGGUAGUUGAGGCACUAAAAGAUUUCCAUAUUGCCUUUGUUUAUAGAAGUAUUCACGUUGCAAGUAGAUCAUGA